CUACCAUACUAAAGUUCAAAUCUCUCUGUGUGGGUUUCAUUCUCAAGAAUGAGGGGUUGAUUCUGGGAGGGUGGUGGUGAUGUUUUUUUCUUUCUAAAUGGUUCUCCUUUCUUGUCCCCACAGACUGCCCCUCUUGUAUUCGUCUCCAGAGGAGAAUGGCAGCUGAGAACUCUUCAGGGACAGAGUUUAUCCUCGCAGGUUUAACAGACCAGCCAGGACUCCAGAUACCUCUCUUCUUCCUGUUUCUAGGUUUCUAUCUGGUCACUGUGGUGGGGAACCUGGGCCUGAUAAUGCUGAUUGGGUUGAACUCUCGCCUGCACACCCCCAUGUACUUUUUUCUCUUCAACCUCUCCUUGAUAGAUUUCUGUUACUCCACCACCAUCACCCCCAAAAUGCUGAAGAAUUUUGUCUCAAAGCAUAACAUUAUCUUGCAUGCAGAGUGCAUGACUCAACUCUUUUUCUUCUGCUUUUUUGUUAUCUCUGAGUCCUUCGUCCUGUCAGCGAUGGCAUAUGACCGCUAUGUUGCCAUCUGUAGGCCAUUGGUAUACACAGUCACCAUGUCUCCUGAGGUUUGUUUACUUCUCUUGUUGGGUGUGUAUGUGAUGGGGUUUUCAGGGGCAUUGGCCCAUACAGGAAGCAUAGCAAGUCUGACCUUCUGUGCCAACAAUAUUGUUAAUCAUUUCAUGUGUGACAUCCUUCCUCUCCUUGAGCUUUCCUGCACCAGCACUUAUGUGCAUGAGCUGGUGGUCUUCGUAGUUGUCGCUGUUGACAUUGGAAUGCCCAUUAUCACCAUCUUCAUCUCUUAUGGUCUAAUCCUCUGCAGCAUUCUCCACAUCCACUCUGCUGAGGGCAAAUCUAAAGCCUUCAGUACAUGCAGCUCCCACAUAAUUGUGGUCUGUCUUUUCUUUGGUUCUGGGGCUUUCAUGUAUCUCAAACCACCUUCCAUUUUGCCCCUUGGCCAAGGGAAAGUGUCCUCCUUGUUCUAUACCAUUGUAGUGCCCAUGUUAAACCCGUUGAUCUAUAGUUUGAGGAACAAGGAUGUCAAAAUUGCUCUGAGGAAAGCCUUGGGAAUAAAAAUAUUUUUGUGAGAAAGUGUAGUAUUUGAGGAAGGAGAUAUAGUGCUUUGUUUAUUAGUGUGUGUGUUUUCAGUGAGAGAUAGAAGUUCCAGUUUUUUUUCCUGUACAGAAAGAGAUUUUUAAUUCUUUAUAUUUGUAUGAGUUUUUAGUGCAGGUCUAUUUUCCUUGUCCCUAGACCCAUCUUGACUAUUCCAAGAUUAUUUUAUGCGAUUUUUUCUGCAAUCAUAGAUCAUUUAAUCUUGAAUAGGCAUUAUAAAUAAUUUUAUCUAACUUCUUCAUUUAACAGACA